CCGUACCCAACAAUGGCUUCUCAUCUAAAAGGUGUCACAAAAUCAACAAUGACAGAUCAAAUACGUAUAGCAUUAUGUGAGUACAAAAGAGAUCAUUCCACAUGCAAAAAAGAUUUGCAGUUGUGGCUUGAUGAAAAUUUUCAUUUGAAAGUUAGUCAAGGUACAAUAUCAAACACACUCAAACGAUCAGCUGAGUAUCUUUCGGCUAACUUAGAAAAAGGAAGGGAUAUCAAGCGCCACAAGCCAGCAAAAUUUCCAGACACGGAGAAGGUUGUUUAUGAGUGGUUUCUCCAAUACCAAGACCGUGUGAAUAUAACCGAAGAGUUAAUUUUGGAGAAGGCGAGAGAUACAAUGAAACUUUUAUAUCCUCAACAAGAUUUUGAGCACAACUUUUCUCAAGGUUGGCUUGAGAAAUUCAAGCAAAGACAUGGUAUCAAGUCAUUUCGUCAUUUUGGAGAGAGUGGUUCGGUUGAUAUACAAGACAUGGAGAUGAAAUUGGAGUCCAUAAGGGAAAAAAUAGACCAGUUCCCUAUGAAAGAUGUUUUUAAUAUGGAUGAAACUAGUUUGUUUUACAGGUUACAAGCUGGUCAUUCUCUUGCUACGAAACAACUUGAAGGAAGAAAGCAAGACAAAGAAAGGCUCAUGGUUGUUAUUUGUUGCAAUGAGGAUGGAUCUGAAAAAAUUCCUUUAUGGAUUAUUGGAAAAUAUGCAAAGCCACGUUUCUUCAAGAAUCUCAACAUGAACAGCUUGAAUUGUCACUAUCGUGCAAACGAAAGAGCAUGGAUGACAAGUGUGCUUUUUGAUGAAUAUAUUCGUUGGAUUGACCACAAAAUGCAUAGUAGACGAAUUUUUCUUGUGGUAGAUAAUUGUCCAGCACAUCCAAGAAAUAUUGAAGGACUACAAAAUGUUGAAUUGCUUUUCUUGCCACCCAACAUGACAUCAAAAAUUCAACCUUGUGAUGCUGGGAUAAUAAGAGCUUUCAAGAUGCAUUAUCGCAGUAGAUUUUACCGUAGGAUAUUAGAAGGCUAUGAGCUGGGACAAAUCGAUCCAGGAAAGAUUAAUGUUUUGGAUGCUAUCAAUCUUGCGAUCGCGGCUUGGAUGACAAAUGUUCAGCAAGAGACAAUAGCAAAUUGUUUUCGACACUGCAAAAUUUGUUCGGGGGAUGAAGCCUUAAGGAAUUUAAAUGAACCCACUUGUGAAAACGACAUUCAUGAACUUGAGGUCAUGAUUAAUGAUCUCGGUUACUGCAAUAAAAUGGAUGUCAAUAGCCUGUUGGAGUACCCGGGUGAAAAUGAUACAUGUUCAGAGGUCCAGAGCUUAGAAGAAAUUGUGGAUACCAUCGGAGAAAACAAUGUUGAUGAUGAAGUUGAAGACGAUACAAUACCUUUGGAACCAGUUACUCGUAAGGCACUUAUUGUGUGUAGAACUCUUCACAAUUAUUUGGUGCAAUUCGAGAAGACAACACCGAAACUUUUGGAUGCAAUAAGAAAAGUUAGAGAUGACCUUCAACUAGAUUUAAAUUUUAACAAAAAACAAAAAACACUAGAAUCAUAUUUCACUAAAUUGGCUUAG